AUGGCAUCUGACACAGCUGGGGAGUGGCAGGUCGCGAAGUCACGCAAAGGUCGACUCCGUCACACUCCGGGUUGCCGUCCUCACGAGUUGCCUCAGCAGGUGCAGCAGAGUGGCCCUGCUGAUCCCAAUCUGGUGAAGCGGCUUGCUACUUGUGUCCGACAGCAAGCGCAGUCGCUAAAGUGCUCCAGCUACUGGACGUCGGUCCUUGGAGCCGUGCAGGAAGGUCUUCAGGCAACGCCAUCAAACUCGCUUGCUGCAGGCAGCGAAACAUCAGCCCCCGCAGUCAGGCUACUCUGCCUGGGAAUUGGCUCACCGGAGUCCUCACCAUCAGCGGUCAGGGCCUGGCAGCUCAGCUUGGCCUGGCUUCUGGCAGAGGUCUUCGACAUCCAAGAGCGACACUGGGCUGACCCACAGAUGCAGGCGGUGGACUGCGCCUUGGGGACCGAGUUCGGCUUUGCACUGGCCGAGGAUUCUGCCAGCCGGCCCUGCGGGAGGCCGCUGCUGCUCUUCAUGCCGCAUUGCGACAGGGCCUUGUACGAGAUGGUCCUUGCCGAGAACGAGGCUUGGCCUUGGCCUGAUGCUUUGGCCGACAUCGUUCUAGUCGGAAAUUCUUUCAAGGCUUACCAGGAGCGUGACGACUUCCGCAUGGUUGCAAGUGGCCCUGGAGCUCCAAGCCGUGACAGCGCAGGGCCCCCUGCGUUUCCACAGGGGCCCACGGAUCGGCGAUGCCUUCAAAAUCGGAAGCGGACAUUUUGCUGGAAGAUGUCUGCACCCAAGUGCUAUGUGAUGGGCAUUGAAGGAGAGAAGAUCUUCUGCCGGAUGACAUUGACGAUCCGGAACUCUUACUUAGAGCUGUGGUGCGAAGAUUCCAUGCAGAGCCCAGCACUUAUCUUCGACGAUGUCCCGAAGGUUGCGUGCAGCUCUGCGAAAAGCCAGCAGUAUCGGGCAGAAGCAGAGGCAGACAAGCUGAAAAGGCAAGUGGAAAUCUUGGAGGAGGCUCAAGCCUUGGCAAAAGAGAGGGAGGCUAAGUUCGGAAAUCCGGAGAGGAAGCUCGCGAAGGCUGCGCAGUCCGAACUCUUCAACGAACGUAUGACGAUCAGACGCUUGCAGAAAGAGCUCAGAACUGUGAAGGAGAUGCUGAAGGAGUCAGAGGACACAUUCGCCCAGCUGUUUGAGGAUCUGGUGACAACCAGGCGCAAAGAUCAGGAACUCGAGGAUGCUCAGAACGGGCUUGAGAACACUGCCAGAAUGUCCGUCGUGGCCCUUGCAGAGGAAAGGAGAAAGGUUCACGAGAAAACCGAAAUCGCGAAAAAGCUCAAAGCACGCGUGCAGGAAUUAGAGGAGAACGAAGGAGACGUCCACCGGAAAAAAGCCAUUGCCGAGAGGAGAAUCGUAGUGCUGGACCGGGACAUCGGACAGCUGCAGCAGGAUGUGAAGCGGAUAGAAGUCAAAUAUCAGGAAAGCGUGGAGACCAUGCUCAUUCUGGAAGAGAGAUGCCGCGAAGAAGAGGCCAAGUUGAAGGAGGAACGGGCCAAGGUGGAGGUCCUGACGGCGCAGAUUGCUGAGGAGAAGAAGUGGAAUUCCAUCCUCAAGCAGGACUUGGCGAAGGCACAAUCGGAGAUCGAGGGUGUUGUGGACGAGAAGAACUCUCUCUUCAAGGAAAACAAGAGUCUCGACAAGAAGGGCAUUAUGGAAGGCAAGCGAGCGCGAGAAGCUGAAGCGGAGGCGAAGAAAGUCCGAGAGCUGCUAGUGGACUCCUCGUCCAACUUAGUCAUGACCACGCACGAGCUCGGCGAUGAAAAACUGAGGGUGAGCGACUUGCAGCACGAGCUUGAGAAGACCCGCAAUUCUUUGAAGGAAUAUCAGGACUUGGCAGCGACACGCAAAGGCAUCUUGGAAGGUGUGGAGAAGGACACGCUGCGAUAA